CGCGCCGCUGCCGCAGGAGUCGCCGCGCCGCGACACGGACGCUCCGCCGAACCCGCCGCCGCCGCCGUCCUCGCUGCCGCCGCCGCUGCUUCACCCGGCGCCGGGGAAACAACGGGAGGAGAAGAAAACGGCGCUGAGCAAAAAUGGGAGUGUUCAUUGCCUGGAAUACUGGGAGACCCCCAGCGUCAGCGCUGGAAAUCAUUGCACCUUUAAUUAUGAAGUCAAGGCUGGCUAUUGCUGUGGCAAAGCAGUUUCUGUCAAGGGCAAGAGCACGUCUCUCUUCUCCGUCUUUAUUCGGGCAUUUUUCAUCUAAUACUUGCAGACUAUAGCAGGCUGUGCAGGGAUGUCACAGAGUCUCUCUGGCUGGAGACAUUCAAAACCCACCUGGACAUGUUCCUGUGACACCUGCUCUAGGUUACCCUGCCUUGGCAGGGGCGUUGGACCAGAGAUCCCUGGCAAUUCUGUGAGUCCUUGAGUACUGUGAGAUUUUUAUUUAUUCCCGGGUUGUUUUUUUUUAAUUUGAAAACUGAAGAACUGAAAAUGAGUAUAACUCAGAGCUCAAUAAAGUUAAAUUCAGAUAUUAAAGUACUCAGAAAUUAAAACAGGUUGCCUGAAGUUUGGUGGCCAUUUUACUGCUUUGUGUGCUGGCAUCAUUCAGCCAGAGGUUUCUACACAGUUUCCUGGCCUUUAUUAUUGGGCAGUUUAGCUGGGUGUAGUGGGUUGACUCUGGGUGGCUGCUCAGCCAGGUGCUCUUGCACUCCUCCCUCAGUGGGACCCAGGAAUAAAGUAUGAUGGUAAAAACAAAGUGUCAUCCCAGAAAAAACUGACACAGCUGUGGGAAGACCUCAUACCAACUUCUUACAGCUUUCUCACGAAGAUAAAUGGAGGGGCAGGCGCUGAUACUUUCUCUCUGGUUGCCAGUGACAGGAAGGAAUGGCACAAAGCUGUGUCUGGGGAGGUUUAGGUUGCAUAUAGAAAAAGGUUCUUCACCCAGCGGGUGAUUGGGAACUGGAACAGGCUUCCCAAGAAAAUAGUCAGCACUAAGCCUGACAGAGUUAAAGAAGCAUUUGGCCAAUGCUCUCAGGCACACACUGUGAUUCUUGGGGCAGGGCCAGGAGUGGGACUUCAAUGGUCCUUGUGGGUCCCUUCUAACUCAGGAUACAGUAUGGUUCUAACAUGGAGAGAAUUAAUUUACUUAAUGGCUAAUUAAAAAUUAGAGAAGACUGUUAAAAAAAAGAUUGCAACUGAAACACCUUCCCUCCUCCCCUCUCUCUUCCCAGGCUCAACCUCCUCUGCCUGGAAAUACUGCAGGAGGAUGAGGAAUGGGGGUUGCAGACAGGAUAUAACAGCUCCUCUCUGCUGCUCCGUCUUCCUUAACACUCCUUCCCUCCUCCGGCAUGGGGGACCUGACAUGGGACACAACGGGAUACAGUCCUUCAUGAAGUGCUGCAGGAGGGUCCCUCCCACAUGCUGCAGUUGUUCAUGACCUGCUGCAGCAUGAGUCUCCUUCAUGGGCUGCAGGCCUUCAGGAUAAACCUUCAUGAUAAACUAGAUAUAUCUAAUGUGGUCUCCUCUGCACAGGCUGCAGGACCCUUCAGGGCAUCUCCACUUGCUGUGGCAUGGGGUCCCCCCAUGGCUGCAGGUGGAUGUCUUCUCCACUGUAGUCCCUCAUGGCAUGUGGAGGGACAGUGUGCCUCACCAUGAUCUCCUUCAAGGGACUCUCUGGUGCUUGGAGCACCUCCUCCCCUCCUUGGCCUUUCCUGUUUGUCUGCAGGGCUGUGUCUUACCUUUUUUUUGCCCCUUACUCCUCUGUCUCACCUGCUGCUGUGCUGCCUUUCCUGUCCAUUCUUGAAUACCUUUCCCAGAGUCACCACUGACUUGGCUUAAGGGGCUCGGCUGUGCCCUGGAGUGGGGCCAUUGGAGCUGCUGCACUCUGCACUGGGCAGCCCCAGCAUCCUCUCAGAGGCUGCCCUGGAAAACCCCUGCCAGGAGCAACUGGUCACAGAGACCUAUUACUCUGAAAUACUGCUGUAACAAGACUUAAAAGCUAGUUUAAAUCAUUUUUUAGAGGUACUUUAAAAUUUUGAUGUAAUCAAUAUCUAAUUUUUAGGUUGAUGAUUAAAUUGCAAUGGUUCUCAGGCUGUUCAUCAGAAUAUGUCAAUUAUGCUACAGUUUCAAAACAAUUGCAGGAACUGAGUCAGGGAAUUUGGUGCCAUCUGUUUUUACAGUAUUUAGAUCAAAUAUAAAUCUCCAUUUCUUUUUAUAUAUGCAGGUGGUUAUUCGAAGGCUUCCUCCUUGUCUAACCAAGGAGCAACUGGAGGAACAGCUGCAUCCUCUACCUGCCCAUGAUUAUUUUGAGUUUUGCACUGCUGAUCCCAGCCUUUAUCCUCAUCUCUACUCAAGAGCAUACAUUAACUUUAGAAAUCCUGAGGACAUCCUUCUUUUUAGAGAUCGCUUUGAUGGCUAUGUCUUCAUUGAUAAUAAAGGUUUGGAAUAUCCUGCAGUGGUUGAGUUUGCUCCAUUUCAGAAGAUUUCAAAAAAGAAGCUGAAGAAGAAAGAUGCCAAAGCUGGGAGCAUUGAAGAUGAUCCAGAAUAUAGGAAAUUUUUAGAGAAUUAUUGUGCUGAUGAAGACAAGAUCUGUGCCAAUCCUGAGAUUCUUUUGGGAGAGAUUGAGGCCAAAACAAGGGAACUUAUUGCUAGAAGAACAACACCCCUUUUGGAAUAUAUUAAAAAUAGAAAAUUAGAAAAGCAGAGAAUACGAGAAGAGAAAAGAGAAGAACGAAGGCGGAGAGAAUUGGAGAAGAAACGUUUGCGGGAGGAAGAGAAAAGGAAGCGCAGAGAAGAAGAAAGACGUAAAAGAAAAGAAGUGGAGAAGCAAAAGAAGAUUUCUGAAAAAGAAAUAAGGAUCAAGCUUCUCAAGAAGCCUGAAAAGGGAGAUGAACUGGCCAGUGAAAAGCACAAAGAGAAAGGUGAAGAAGCUGACAUUGAGGAAAAUAAAUGGGAUAAAUCACCUGGAUCUGGGGGUACAAAAUCCAAAUCUUUGGAGAGUUCACUAAAAGAAAUUAAGGAAAAGUCACAAAAUGAUAGUGACAAAGAGCAAAGAGAUUUGGAGAGAAGAUUUCGAGAAAAAGAACCUGAAAGACAAAGGUAUCGAUUGGAUGAUGGCAGAAAGCAUAGAACUCACUAUGAGUUUGACAAGUUUAUGAGAAGGAAUGAAGAAGAGCUGAAAUGGGGGAAAGGAUACAACCAAGACAGAGGAAAGAAAGGGAACUACAACUACAGCUUCACUGUGGAGGCAGUAGACAAACUGGGUAAAGAGGACAAGUGUGAUGACAUGGCAUCCAAAAAGGAGCGCAUAAGAAAUAAGGAUCGUCCAGCCAUGCAGCUGUACCAGCCAGGAGCUCGCAUCCGAACACAUAUGGGACCUACAAGCAAAACCUAUGACUGCAGUGGGAAAUCCUUUGAAGAUGCUCUUGAUAAAAAGUAUGAGGCAGAUAAUUCAGCUGGAGCUAGUUCUGAAAAGAUUGAAGAAGCAGAAUAAAACAGUCUGGGGCAAAAGUCUUGUGAAAAAGAAUGAAUUUGAGAUUCAGCGUCGUCACAAAAAUUCAUUGGGCUAUUUCAGAACUCCACAGGCAACUGCAUCAACAAAAUAAUAAUAGCUCUGCCUCUUACUUUCUGUA